AUGGAGUUCAAAGUUUUGAUGGUUAUGCUGUUGUCUGUUGCUCUCUCAGUUUUACUCGUCAUCAAUGGCGCUUCUCUCACUAGUCAUCAGGAGCAAACUUCUCAUGAUUUAGCUCAAGAAAACUGGUUUGGUUAUGCUGCAAUGCCAAGAAAGUUGUUGCUCAAUCAAAAGGUUGAAGGCAUUAAAGACAAGAACUUGGUGCACAAUGAGGCUUUAUCAGGUGAAUCUCGCAAAGAAGCCGCAGCUGCUGCAUCAGAACAGACAAUGCAUGAAGGAUCCGAUCUGACCCCUUUGUUUAGUAUGGAUUACACUAGCGUGAGAAAACGACGGCCCGUGCAUAACAAGUCUUUACCUACGACCACCACUUUUCCAUGA